UCUUCAGUUUUUUAUUCCUAAUAUUGAUAUUCAGUUUUAGAUUUGUAAUAAUUUAUAUUCCUGUUGUCACAAACUGUGAAUUAUCGUCGAGUUGUAGAUUUAUUCUCUUCCAUUCGCAUCUGCAUAUCUCUUUGGUUUGAGUUGAGAUGUGUCCCGUGUGUGGGCUUUAAAUUAAAUUACCUUUGAAGAGAAUAGUUUUAGGCUGCGUUUGGAUGGAGAAUUUCAGAAGCUCAGGAAUUUGAAAAUACAGCCAUAUUAAAUUAACCGGUUCAGUUACUUUCAUUUGUUUGGAUAUUUAGUUAUGCGAUUGAAAUUUUAGUGUAACAUGUUACUGGAAUUUUAAACUAGAGCGUAUGAGAACGGAAGCAAAAGAAAGCCAUUGAAUAGAGCUCUUUGAAGCUUUCAAAUUGAAUCAAGGAUGGGAGACGGAGCAAGUGAAGAGCAUCAAAGGUCACUAGCUGCCCCUCUCAUAUUUUUCAUCGUUCUCGCUUUUCAGUUUGCGUCGCAUUGGAUUGAUCACUUCAAGAAGAGUGGAUCCGUGAAUGAAAAAGGAAUUCAGUUGCGUGGAGAAAUAAAACAACUUUUGAAGGAGGCAAGCUCACUGUCGCAGCCAUCAACCUUUGCACAAGCAGCAAAACUCAGAAGACUGGCAGCUGCGAAGGAGAGGGAACUUGCAAAGUGUCAAAAUUUACAUGACAAGGACACUGCUUUGUAUUCACAAGUUCUGCUGGCCUUAAAGGUCCUAACAUAUUUAAUUCUGCUUAUCUGGUUUUGGAGUGUUCCUGUGGCUAGCAUAUCACAACAACUUGUGCAACCAUUUGGGAGAUUAUUAUCUUGGAGGACUGCAGGGGUUCAAAAUAACAAUAUUUUGGUAGGGAUAAUACCGUGGCUAAUAAUAUCUACCAGGGUUAGCCGAUUUAUUUGUAGACUCACUCAUAGCAAAUAGGUUGUCAUGAUCUUCAUCUAGAAUGACGGAAAAUUGCAAGCUGCUUGGAUUGGUAUUCUUGAUUUAAAAUGGAAAGAACAAAAUGUUAAAUAGAUUUGUACGCAAUGAAAUUUGUUCUUUCCUCAAUCCGGUCUGGUUGAUCAGUUUGUAGCAUUUAUUUAUUUUUUUGAGUUAGAGGCGACGUGUAAAAUUCAUUCAGCAUAUGCAACCUAAAUUUCCAUAUAUUA